GAGGAGAGGAGGAGAGGCAGACUGUGCCGCCGGAUCUCACUCCACGAAUACACCGCGCAGGGUAGUCCAGGGCAGUAGUCCGCCUCCACAGGUACAAUGCAUCGGAUACCACCUCUGCUGGUCCUGCUGGCCACCGCCUCCUGGCUCAGUAACACCAGCGCUGCACCUCACGCCGGCACCGUCAGGACGGCGCCCACACAGAAGAUCCAAACCAAGGUAAACAGCACCACGGCGACUCCAGGAGCCAACGGGACCACGAAACCUGCGGGCUACGCGGCCGAGGACCUGGAGGAACCUCUACCCCGAGACCGGAGGCUGCGGCUGUCAGACGAGAAGACACCCGACAAGAAAGCCAAGGAGGUGGCCAAAAAAAAAGUUAAGAUAGUAAAGAAGGUGAAAGUGUUGAAGAAGCCGAAAAAGGACAGUCCCACGCCACAGGCUGGAGGAGAUCCGGUGGAACAAUGUCCGCCUCUGGGGUUGGAGUCACUGAGGGUGUCUGACUAUCAGCUGAGGGCAUCGAGCAUCAAACGCUACGGCCUAGGCUCCCACCGCGGACGUCUCAACAUACAGUCAGGGAUCUACGACGAUGAUUUUUAUGAUGGCGGUUGGUGCGCAGGGGAAGAGAACAAAAACCAGUGGUUUGAAGUGGAUGCCCGAAGACUCACCCGCUUCACCGGAGUCAUCAUUCAGGGCAAGAACUCCAUCUGGACCGAUGACUGGGUGACCUCUUACAAAGUCCAGGUCAGCAACGACACCCACACGUGGAAAACGUGCAAGAAUGGGACGGAGGACGUGAUCUUUAAUGCCAAUAAAGACCCCGAGACCCCCGUGCUGAACCACCUGCCCACUCCCAUGGUGGGGCGCUACAUCAGGAUCAACCCCCAGACCUGGUUUGAGAACGGAACCAUCUGCCUGCGGGCUGAGAUCCUCGGGUGCCCCCUGCCAGACCCUAACACGGUGUUUUUGUGGGAGCAUGAACCCCAACCCACAGACAAACUGGACUUCAAACAUCACAACUACAAGGAGAUGAGGAAGCUGAUGAAGGCGGUGAAUGAGGAAUGUCCAAAUAUCACGCGCAUUUACAGUAUUGGCAAGAGCUACCUGGGCCUGAAGAUGUACGCCAUGGAGAUCUCGGACAACCCGGGACAACAUGAACUAGGAGAGCCGGAGUUCCGCUACGUGGCCGGGAUGCAUGGAAAUGAAGUGGUUGGGCGGGAGUUGAUGCUGAACCUGAUGCAGUACAUGUGCCAGGAAUAUAAGAAAGGCAAUCCCCGCGUCCUCAGACUGGUGACGGAGACCCGCAUCCACCUCCUGCCCUCCAUGAACCCCGAUGGAUACGAGCAGGCGUAUAAACUGGGCUCCGAGCUGUCUGGAUGGGGCAUCGGCCGUUGGACGUACCAAGGCAUUGACCUUAACCACAACUUUGCGGAUCUCAACACUCCCCUGUGGGAAGCAGAGGAUAAGGAAGAAGUCCCUGAACGUUUCCCAAACCAUUAUAUUCCAAUUCCUGAAUAUUACACUCUGGCCAAUGAAACGGUUGCUCCAGAAACUCGCGCAGUAAUUGACUGGAUGCAGAAGAUUCCCUUUGUCCUCAGCGCCAACCUUCACGGUGGAGAGCUGGUGGUUUCAUACCCUUUCGACAUGGCUCGUUCUUAUUGGAUGGCCAAAGAGUUGACCCCGACACCCGAUGACUCCAUGUUCAGAUGGCUGUCCACUGUCUAUGCCACCAGUCACCGCAUCAUGGCGGAUGACAACCGCAGGAUCUGCCACUACGACAACUUCAUGAGGCAUGGAAACAUCAUCAACGGAGCAAACUGGCACACUGUGUCUGGAAGCAUGAAUGAUUUCAGCUACCUGCACACCAACUGCUUCGAGGUGACGGUGGAGCUUUCCUGCGAUAAAUUCCCACAUGAGGUGGAGCUACCAACGGAGUGGGAAAAUAACAAGGAGUCUCUUCUGAUCUUCAUGGAGCAGGUUCAUCGAGGUAUUAAAGGCGUGGUACGGGACAAAGACACGGGAGAAGGGAUUGCUGAGGCCACCAUUGUUGUGGACUAUCUGAACCACGACAUCCGCACGGCACCAGAUGGGGAUUACUGGCGCCUUCUCAACCCAGGUGAAUAUGAAGUCACAGCCAAGGCUGAGGGCUACCAUCCAUCAACCAAGUCAUGUCGUGUGUCCUAUGAAGACCGUCCGACAAUCUGCGACUUUUACAUCUCCAAAACUCCCAAGCGGCGCCUGAAGGAACUUCUGGCCAAGGGGGGGAAGCUCCCCAAAGAGCUCAUGCUACGACUGCGCCAGCUGAGACUCCGCAAGCUAAAGUCCCUGAGCCCCAAGCGAGUGUAAAGAGGAGGCCAGCGGACCACGGCCAUGGAGUCUGGACUCAAGCAACUCAAAAGACCACUGUAUUCCAUCUAUAUCACCGUUCAUGGAAGACUGGAACGUUACGCAUCGGGAACAGUAUAGUCCUAUUGUUUAGCGGAGACGCCAUAAUAUAUAAUUAGGUGCUAAACAGCUUUACCCUAUGAACCCUCUGAUCUAGUGUAUUCAAAUCGG